UUAGUCAAUAUGCCUACUAUGUCAAAAAGUGCGGGCAAAGAAGAAGAAAAUGUGAGUAGGCCUAGGAUAAUGCUUUGUUCGUUCUUCAUAUUAAUGUCGCUUCACAUUUGUAUAAUUCUAAAGAUGGAUGAGGAAAGUCUAUGAGAUGAAUAUGUAGCCUACAGAAUCAGUCAUCAUGUAGGCCUACGACAAAUUUGUUAUAGAUAUGAGCUUGAUUCAACAUUUUUCAUGCAAAGUGAAUUGGCAAAAGGUGGAAUUAUUGCAAACCAAGUGACAGGGAUGGGGUCUACUAUCAAAACCCCACGUCUAAAAAGUUUUGUCAUGAUUGUCUCUGUCUUUGUAGGGGUUACAGGAAGCCCCAGAGAGGACAUUCCCUGUAUUCUUCAGAGGAAAACUGGGGGCGAAGCUCCAUCAGGAGACCCCCGGGUUUGACCUGUUGGACCCCAACAUGAGAGUCAUAGAUGUUAGUUAUAACUGCCUCCACGACAAACACCUGAAGUGUUUUUUCCGCCAUCCGGAAAGGAAGAAGCGGCUGGUGAAGCAAGGCCUCAUCACCUCAAAUGAGAAGGUGCUGUGUACGUGUAAGGAGUACAAUCGCUACAGUGGCUACAUCAAGUCAGUUCAGUUGCUGUGGGAGAAGCAGUGCUGUGCCCAGCAGAAAAAUCUUUUGAAGCAGUUCCUAGUCUUGCAGCAGCAAGGGGAGGUUCCGUCCCACAUCUCACUGACGGAUAUUAGAGAGUGGCUCAUUGCCAAGGGUAGAAACUACUUCAAGAACACGUUUCAGAGUGAAAUGGAAGAGGGGAAGAACCUUCACUUGGCCGAACUGGCUUGGGAUGUGAAACGACGCCUCAGGCUUGAGGAGCUGGAAAGAGAAGUGUGCAGGGAGCUGCGCCUGGAGCGCCGAAUUGGACAGCCUGGUAGCCAGAUGGGAGAUUGGAGACCCCUGGGCAUGGAGACACACACACCUCUGGUAAUGGACUCUCCCUUCAGACACUCCACCUCCUCGAUGGACACUCUUUCCAGUCAGAUCUCGACUGAGAACCUAGAGGUUGCUAGGCUACAUACUGCCAGACCACGCUCCGCCAGACCACCAACUGAAAGACCUAGCAGUGACUCUGAUCACUCUGGAACCGUGUCUACUGUGAUGACCUGCUCACCACAUUCAGCUAGCCCGUCAGCGAUUACUGUUAGGGACUUGCUGCUCAUGAUUGGACACAUAACAAGCUCAGUAUUGGAGGAGGUUAAUAGCAUUCUGAUCCCUGCCUUGGUUGACCUUAUAAGGCUGAGAGCUUCAGAAAGUGCUGCAGAGAGUAUGCUCCCCAUCAGCAAAGACACCAACCAAGAUUCAACCCAGGGCUCUGUCAGCUGUACCUCCUUACUCUCCAAAGUCAAUGUGAUCUGUCUCACUCAGAGUCUUGACAGUAGGUCCUCCCCAAUCUCCAUUGAUGAACCAGUCACUGCUGUCCAGACUUGUUGUAGCAGCAGUUCUCUGUCCAGUGAGGAACGAGCACACUCUUCCUCCAGUCAGAUCUCUACUAAGAACCUCCUGGCUACUAGGCCACGUUCUACCAGGCCCCAAUCUGCCAAACCGCCACCUGCUAAACCACCAACUGCUAAACCACCAUCUGAUAAACCACCAUCUGAUAAACCGUCACCUGCUAAACCACAAUCUGUCAAACCGCCAACUGCUAAACCACCAUCUGAUAAACCACCAUCUGAUAAACCGUCACCUGCUAAACCACCAUCUGCUAAACCACCAUCUGCUAAACCACCAUCUGUUAAACUACCAUCUGCUAAACCGUCACCUGCUAAACCACAAUCUGUUAAACCGCCAACUGCUAAACCACCAUCUGCUAAACCACCAUCUGCUAAACCACCAUCUGCUAAACCACCAUCUGCUAAACCACCAUCUGCUAAACUACCAUCUGCUAAACCACAAUCUGCUAAAUUACAAUCUGCUAAACCACCACCUGCUAAACUACAAUCUGCAAAACUACAAUCUGCUAAACCACCACCUGCUAAACCACCAUCUGAUAAACCGUCACCUGCUAAACCACCAUCUGCUAAACUACGAUCUGCUAUACCACCACCUGCUAAACUACGAUCUGCUAUACCACCACCUGCUAAAUUACAAUCUGCUAAACCACCUACUGCCACUGACUACUCUGGAACCUUAUCUGCUGUGGUAGGUCGUGGGCAUGUCAUCCCUGUCAAACUGACCUUGGCCCCUUUCUCCUCCUUACUCUCCAGCGAAGAGACCAACACCAACCUCCCCUCCAGCAGCCGCCCCUCCUCGUGCUCUAUCAAGCUUUUAGACAGUAGGAGUCACAUUCCUUGCUCCCUGGCUGUGAGCUCUAUUUCAACUGUUCCUGGACAUGACUCUAGCAGCAGCCCUGUGCGGGAGAAUCAAUUUGCUACUGAGGUCUCGUCGAUCUGCCUCAGCCAAGAUAGAAAUGGCCAAGGAGGGAGUGUGACACCUCCAGCCCCUUUGGAUGUUUCCCUCCCCUCCAUUAUUGAGCAGGCUGGCGAGCUUGUAUGUUCCGUCAUCUCCAAGUCUUUAGCAAUUGUGGAGGCGCGGUCAAGUGUGAAUGGUGAGAAGGGCUCUCCGUCUCCCACCACAGUCUCCCAUUCUCCUACAAGGGUGUUUGUCAGCCACUUAAGGAGUAGCCCACUAGGUGAGGACCUUGUAGAUUCAACACUUGCGGAUGUUAUCUCUGUCCUGAAAAUGGAGGGAAUUCUUUCCUCCUCUCCGACUUUGGAGGAGGAGCUGCUUGAUCUCUCCUCCAGUUGUUCUUCAUCAUCCAGCGAAACACUGCAAUGUGUGUCUGUUGGCCCUCUUGGCGGUGGGUCGGAGACGUCCUUCAAACUUCUUGGGGGUCGUACUCUGAGUAUCGCCACCCCAACGGCCCAUGUUAUCACAGAGGACUUAGAAGUCUACAGUGAUGAGAUCAUUGACGAAAUCCUUAUUAUAAUGAGGACCAAAAAAGAUGAUGACAGUGGAAGUGACGUCUCUGGUGCAUCAACACCAUGCAGCACACCAGCACCACAGAGCCGGUCCUCUUCUGCACUGAGGGGAGUGCUUCCCCAUGACAGGAGGAUACUCAGCACAACACUGCUUGGAAUCCAGAACACACUAGACAGUGAGAACCUCUCAGGGGAGUGCUCCAUCUCACCACAGGACAAUGCCAGAGUCCUGGAGAUGAUAAAGUUGCUGCAGAGGCGCCUUGAAGGGACACCCUCAGAGUCCUCCAUCCAUAUCACAGAUGUGGCUUCACCCUUGGGCUUUCCUCUCCCUGUAUCUCUCCAUGCUGUUCAGUCGUGUGUAUUUGCCACUGACAAAGACCUGAAGGCAGAAAGAGUGAAGGGAGUCUUUGAAAGCCUGAGAUCCCAGUUUAUGAGCUACUCCAUCAAGCCUGUGAGUAACAUCAUUACCAGGGCAACAACAAAGAUGGCUGCCUCCAAUCAGGUUAGUUUAGAGACACUCCAGGCAGCAUCAGCAAAAUCAUCUGCUGUGGCUCAGAACCUUAUUAGUUCGGUUUUAUUUCAAGUUGCCAAGGUGUCCUGCUCUGAUGACUUAGAGGGUCUGGGUGAUCAUCUCAGAUGCCCCUCAACUUUGACCAGAGUUCUGACACCUUUGACCUCAGAGAAAGCUACACUGACACCUGCUGUUCUGAAGAUCAGAAGGGAGAUGUGUAAGGAAGUGGCCACCGAACUCCAGAGUUUCUUGAUCAAGGAAUCCCUUACUGGUACCCAGACACCAUCCAAUGGACAUGUUUGCACUUCUGGUUCUGCCCCAAGGGAAGCUGUGCGGGACAUCCUGAGGAAAACCAAAGAGGAGGCUUCCAACAAAAGCCUGAAUAAUAUUUUCUCUGUUAAUUUGGAUGAGCGGCUCACAGACUCCAUUGCAGAUGCCUUAUAUCCAAAGCUGCAUGACACAUUGGAGUCCAAGAGAGAGCUGCAGGCUUCUUAUUACAGCUCCCAGAUCAGCUGCAGCCUCAGCCCCUUCGAAGUUGAGAGCAGCCUAGAGCUCCAGGAGUUCACUGACCCACUAUCUGAGUCAGUAUUGUGUCUCCUGGAUAGGACAUUUGGAGAUAAAGCUCAGAACUUAAAGACAGGCGGGGGUGUUUUACAAUAUGUCACAGACCCAACCUAUAAGAAGCUUUUGAUUGGACCCCACACCAACGACGUCAAUGUGGUUGUGCACACGAUUGCAGUAGAGGAGUUGCCUGUUGAGGGUUGUAUUGCGCAAAGUGAGGCCAUUCAUGGCCUUCACAAGAAGCAAGAGUUACCUUCCAGUGGCAGAGGGAAUGAGACUCAGAGCCCUACUAAUUGCCUGCUGGAGGGUGUAGUGGGCAAACUGGUACGGAAGAUGCUAUUUCAGGGCCUUGACGUCCCUGAGGUACCCAUGAACGACAGCCGCUCUGAGAGCUUUAAGCUACAGUAUGAACUGGUUGCGAAGCUUUGUCCUCUGAUGGUAAGGACAAUCAUGGCUACAACCAUAGCCAAUCAACCACCUACUAUUCAAGAAGCAGUGAUGUCAUCCGAGAACAUCCAUGUGAAAGAGCUGUGUGAGGCAGGUAUCAAACCUCUCAAAGAGAACCAUGUACCCAAUGACUCUGAGACAAACAUCAUGGUCAGAAGGGCUUUGAGUGAAAUUGAAUCCUGUAUGAUUGAGAACUCCGACAAGGACUCUCCCAGUCUACAUUCCACACCAGAGGUGGUUGUAGACCUGAUCACCAAGCUGCUUCAUGGGUAUGAGCUUGACUCAGAGGACUUUGCAUCACCUGUGUCAUCCCCAACCACCACUCUCUCUGAUGUGGCAAUGGACAUGGUGGUUUCUGUCCUUCGGGACAUGUCCGAUUCCCCAGACGUUCCCUCAGCAUUGGAAAUGACCAAGGAUCUCAAGACGCCGUACUCCCGCCCCUCAAGUGCAAGGAUUGUAAGUGCCCUCUGCAGAGAGCUGGAGGAGCACAUGGGCUCUCCUGAUGCUUUGAGGCGAGCUUUGAGCCGCGGCAGCGGGGAGAUGACAACAGCCAUUGCGAGUGCAGUCACCAGGGAAGUCAACCGUCUGGGUUCAAUCGUACCCAAAGUCUCUGUCCGGCCGCUCUCCUCAGACAUCUGCCUAAGGACAGACCAGGACAAGGUCAUGGUUAAGAGCCGAUGUGGCUCGGCUGAGGUGAAGGCAUCCCAACCGGUGUAUAUUAUUGUUCACGUAGAGGCGGUGAUGGAUAUCAUUGUCCGGCUGCGGUCUCUGAUUGUUCCUCGGACCCAGGAUAAACUGGCCAGCUGGACCCUAGUUGAGGAUGUGACCAACAAGCUGUCCAGUGCUCUGUGGGUGAGGGUGACUAACAGGUGGAGGGAAGCAAAUGUCUGCCUGAAGGCAACAGACAUCUUUCAGCUGGUGCUGUCUGUGCAUAGAAAGUUGAUGCAACGCUAUGGCACAGAGGAAGCCCUACAGAAGAUACUGUGCCACAAGGCACCCAAGCUGCACAAGGACAUUGUCUGUCUUGUCACGAACGCAAUUAUGGAUGCACCAUCCAAACUUCAAGGCACCAAAAAUCUGGAAUCUACACUCAACUUGAAAGAAUUGACAGCCUUGUUUAAUGAAAUGACAACCCAUCAAUCUUUGAAUAAGAAAGCUGAGCAGAACAGCAUCAAGACUGAGAUUGAACAACCGGAGUGGUCCACUGUGGAACAAGUGACAUCCGGUUCCAGCAGCUUCAUUAGGGAGCUUAUAUUAGAAGAAGUCCUGAUGAAGCUUGUCAAGAAGAUAUGCCGUAUGCCAAAAAGGACCAACAAACAUCAGCGCAUCCAGAUCAGUGAUCUGGUGACUGAGCUGAUCCGAUUGUUCGAUGAUGAGGUGGCCAAAUAUCUGAUUGAGGAAAUGGGAAGCCAGCAAAAAAGUUUCAAUUCUAAGAUGACAUCGAAGCUGGCAGAUGCCAUCUACACUGACCUUGGGAAGGUCAAGCGUUUGAAACGCUCCUUGAAAAUUGACGAUUUAUUUGAGGAUCAGGAGAUGCUUUCCAUUGUCUCUGUCAUUGUUUCCCACAAGCUACUGGCCAUCUUGAAACCCUCAGUGCCCAGCGAGACCUCAGACCUUGAAGACUCAUGCAGUGAUGAUGUGGAGGAUGCGGAAUCUGAGGGGGUGCAUUAUGCCACCGGCAGAAAGUCCAAGAGGAGCAUUGUCCUUAAAGACACUACAGACCAGCCAGAUAUGUACAUUGCUGUGGAUUCUCCACCUAUGAUUAAAUUAUCCAAGAUGAGGAAAGGCAUCCGGGGCUUCUUCUGGGGAGUCCAGAAGGCCUGGAAACGCUUGGUCACCUGCAAGUCCUCUGGGUCCUCUGAUGGGUAGCCUGGAUGACGUGCAGCCCAUGUCAGUUGCUUUUGCCAGGCUACAUCUGAGGAGAACACCACAACUGGCCUCAAUACAACAUUUGUAUUUUUGUUGUUCAUUUCUGUUUUCAUUUUGAUUCCCCUAAUGCUGCUAUAUUUGAACCAGGCUGUCAGUGGACUAGCUUACCAUUAGUUUAUACUCCUUAAGGAAGAUCCACUAUAGGCUACUCAACACCAGAAUUCCAUCUGGGUCUUUUAAUCCUUUAUUAGCUCCCACUCCUGUAACUAGGAAUGUGAGCUUCUAAAUGUCAUUCAGACAUCUACAGCUUCUCCUGUGAUUAGGAAGAUAAGAUAAGAAGCCCAACCAAUUGACUAGAUGUGCUGUACAUCUGAUGCCCUCUCCCUAUUCUAAUCAUUGAUCCACGUCCAUUGCAGCCUCUAAAUUUGAUGUAGAUAUUUAGCUUAAAUUAAAAAAUGACAAGGAGGGUAGGCCGACAGCAGCUACUACUCUUACGAUAGGAAAGUGGUGCUAAACUUUUUGGGCUUUGAGGAACUAUGUAUUUUAUUUUUCAAUCACUUUUUUUAUGGUACUUUUUAAUAGUUGUUUUAAUAAACCAUUUGUAUUGCAGAUUUUGAUUAAUAUUGUAUCUUUUAUAAUUUUAAUUUAGGUAUUCAUUUGAUGACAUGGGACUAAAGCGUAGUUUAUACCCUACAUACAUACACAAUAACUUCAAGCAGCUACACAAAAAACACUCUACACAAGAACGCAGGAUCAGCAUUUAGUGAAGCGUUCUUGUGUUGCACACGAGGGGUAUGAACUAGGCUUAGUCAUUUUAUGACUUCUAUACGGGUAUAUAAUGGUAUCCAUAGUGCAGUAUUAAGAUAUUCAUUAUGGAGCUUUAUAUUAUAGUAGAAAUAAUGUAAAUGAAUAAAAGUGAAUUGAUGUA